AUGGUCGCAAUCGUUCGAUCGGCACUGCUGCUUAUCGGCAUCGUGGCAGCAAACUUCAUCAGUUCUGCUUCAUCGUACGGAAUCAUCACCCCGCUGCCCGCGCCAGGAACAUGUGGAGUUAGCCUGGGAAACCGAGUCCUGGGUGGAAAUCGGACUGACCUCAACGGGUAUCCUUGGACUGCUCUUCUGUUGGUUCAGGGGAUUGUUGGUUCUUUCGUUAGUUACGGAUGUGGUGGCUCUCUGAUCGCCGACCAGUUUGUGCUGACGGCUGGUCACUGCUUCCGGGAACUUCCUGAAGACUUCCGGGUAACCAAGGUCCGUCUAGGUGAAUGGGACGUCCUUAGCGAUAAUGACUGUGUUGAUGGACUUUGUGCUGAUCCACCGGUCGAUAUCCGAGUGGCUGGCCAUAUUGUUCAUCCAGACUACACAGCUGAAGACUACCAUAAUGACAUUGCGCUGAUCAAACUAGAACGUCCAGUCCAGUUCACCGAUUUUAUUUCACCUAUUUGUCUUCCUUUGGAAGAGAAUCUUCGAUCAAUGGAGGAAGCUUUCAAAAAGUUCACCAUCAUCGGAUGGGGAGCUACGGAGAGAGGUCAACUUAUUCCGGGUAUUCUUGGCAGUCAGUACAAGCUGGCCGUAGAAGUUCCGGGAAUUUCAUUGGAUACCUGCCGGAUUGAGUAUCCGAACGUGAUCGAUUCGGAAAUGUGUGCCGGUGGCGAAAGUGGCAAAGAUUCUUGCCAAGGUGAUUCCGGUGGCGGUUUGGUCACUAACGACGAUGGCUACUGGUAUCAGUUUGGCGUGGUAAGCUAUGGCCAUGGCUGUGGCGCUAAGGGAGUUCCUGGCGUCUACACCCGCGUUACCAGCUAUUUGGAUUGGAUUCAGAAGAGGAUGCUGGGAUCUUUCCCUCGGGAGCCAAAGUGGCCGCUUUACCCGUAAAUUUGUGCCACAUAGAGUUUUAGUAUU